CUAGUAUUGUUGGUCUUCACCCAUUUGUUUAGAUAUAUUGCAGUUAUCUGAUUCAGUAGUAGACUUCUUCUGCUACUCCCGGAUCAAUCCAUCAGGUUUUUUUCAGUGAACACUCGGAGCCAUACCCAGCAGCAGACAAUCUUCACCGCACCCCGCAUUCACCCCUCCAUCGACAUCAUGUCCUCCAAGUCGCAAUUGACCUACAGCGCUCGCGCUAGCAAGCACCCCAAUGCUCUGGCCAAGAGGCUAUUUGAGAUUGCUGAGGCCAAGAAGACUAACGUCACCGUCUCGGCCGAUGUGACCACCACUAAGGACCUUCUAGACCUCGCUGACCGUCUCGGUCCCUACAUUGCCGUGAUCAAAACCCACAUCGACAUCCUCUCCGAUUUCAGCAACGAGACCAUCGAGGGUCUUAAGGCCCUUGCGGAGAAGCACAACUUCCUUAUCUUCGAAGAUCGGAAAUUCAUUGACAUCGGCAAUACUGUCCAGAAGCAAUACCACAAUGGUACUCUUCGUAUCUCGGAAUGGGCCCACAUCAUCAACUGCAGCAUCCUGCCCGGUGAGGGCAUUGUCGAGGCUCUCGCCCAGACUGCGUCUGCACCGGACUUCGCCUACGGCCCCGAACGCGGCCUCCUCAUCUUGGCGGAGAUGACCUCCAAGGGCUCCUUGGCUACGGGUCAGUACACUACGUCCUCGGUUGAUUAUGCCCGGAAAUACAAGAACUUUGUCAUGGGAUUCGUGUCGACUCGCUCUUUGGGUGAGGUGCAAUCGGAAGUCAGCUCCCCCUCGGAUGAGGAGGACUUUGUGGUCUUCACCACCGGUGUGAACAUCUCGUCGAAGGGAGAUAAGCUUGGUCAGCAGUAUCAGACACCCGGAUCGGCUAUCGGCCGGGGAGCUGAUUUCAUUAUCGCGGGCCGCGGCAUCUACGCUGCACCCGACCCGGUGCAGGCGGUGCAGCAGUACCAGAAGGAGGGAUGGGAGGCGUACCUGGCCCGUGUCGGUGCUAACUAAAGUUAAAAAAGGGAUAACCAUGAUGUUUAUUGAUGAUAUAGCAAUACAGACAGCCACGAUCAAUGUGGGCGAAUGUCGAGUACGGGUAGUGGUGCGUCUCUUGUUAGUGAAGGCCUGCCGAAUGCGGCAUCAUCGGAUGUCAAAAGGAUAUUGAUUCUGCAGACAUAGUGGCGUGGCGGUCAGCCAUCUUGAUGUGUCUAUUUGGUGCAGAUAAGCUCCGG